GGGCAGAACUUUUGCUCAAUUAUUUUGCAGUAGUUUUCAAGAACAUGGGGUUGAAUAACUAAAAUAAUUAGUAAAAGGAACUGCCUAAGAUUCUAACCUAGAAUUUUUUUUUUUUUAAUAGAAGAUUAAAACAUGAUAACAAAUGGUUUAAGCUAAAAGUUUAUGCUUAUUUAAAUGGCCAUCGUUUAACUGCAUUCGCUCUUAGCUGCAACAGUUUCCAAAAACCUAUGGAGACCUUCUGUUUUAUGUUUGUCAGUGCCAAUUUCCUACUUCUCUUCUCUAAAUACUCAAAUGCUACUGAGACCAUUACUUUGUCUGAUUCUAUUAUUGAUGGCACCAAUAGCACCUUGGUUUCGAAAGAUGGAAAAUUUGAAUUUGGUUUCUUUAGUCCUGGAAAAUCCAGCAACCGAUAUUUGGGAAUUUGGUACAAGGCAAUUCCUACAACUGUUGUUUGGGUUGCAAACAGGCGCAAUCCAAUCAGUGAUACUUCUGGUAUUUUGAUGAUGAACAGCACGGGAAAUCUUGUACUUGUUAGUGAGAACAAGAGUGUUGUUUGGUCGUUGAACUUGAACAAAGUAGCCCAGAAUCCAAUAGUUCGGCUCUUAGAUUCUGGGAAUCUGGUCUUAAGGGAUGAAAAAGAUACAAAUUCUGGAAACUAUUUGUGGCAAAGUUUUGACUAUCCAUCUGAUACGUUACUUCCAGGGAUGAAGCUUGGAUGGGACUUGAAGACUGGCCUUGAUCGCCGCCUAUCAGCAUGGAACAACCCGGAUGAUCCUUCUCCUGCAGACUUCACUUGGGGGAUAGUGCUAAAUGGUAAUCCUGAGGGAUAUAUCUGGAAGGGCUCCGUGAAGUAUUAUCGGAGUGCUCCAUGGAAUGGCCUUGGCAACAGUGGUUCGCCAUCUUUGAAGGAAAACCAGCUCUUCGAGUUCAGUUUUGUUGAUAAUGAAAACGAGGUGUACUACAUGUACAACCUGAAAAACAAAUCUGUAAUCUCAAGGAUUGUUCUGAAUCAAACCGGUUAUUCGCGUCAGCGUUACGCUUGGAAUGAAGAAACACGAACUUGGAGGCCGUAUUCAUCUGUGCCAAGAGAUGCCUGUGACGCAUACGGCCUCUGUGGUCCCUAUGGAAAUUGCAUCCUUACUGAGUCGCCAGUUUGUCAAUGCUUAAAGGGUUUCACUCCAGCUUCGCCAGAAAAUUGGAAAUCAGCAUUCUGGUCUGACGGUUGUAAAAGAAAUAAUUUAUUAAAAUGUGAGAAUGGAGAGGGAUUUGUAAAAUUUGUUGGGUUGAAACUGCCAGAUACUACACAUUCAUUUGUGAACAGGAGUAUGAAUCUUAAGGAAUGCAGAGUUACAUGUUUACAAAACUGUUCAUGUACGGCAUACACCACCUUAGAUAUUAGAGGACGCGGCAGCGGCUGUGCUAUGUGGUUUGGUGAUCUGAUUGAUAUGAGACUGUCUGCGUCUGGGCAGGAUUUAUAUAUUCGUAUGUCUGCUUCUGAUUUAGAGGCGAAGGUUGAGGCUAAGGUGAAGAUACCAGUGAUAAUUGCAACUACCAUUGCUAUAGGUUUUGGGAUGCUUAUCAUCGGCUACUAUAUUCGCAGAAGCAGAGCAAACUUAAGAGAGAAAACAGAAAACAAGGAAAAUGAUGACCAGGAGCAAGAUGAACAACCAGAAGACUUGGAGCUGCCAUUGUUUGAUCUAAUUGCAGUAAGUAAUGCGACCAACAAAUUUUCCAUUGAUAACAAGCUAGGAGAAGGUGGUUUUGGACCCGUUUACAAGGGUACACUAGAGGACGGACAAGAGAUUGCUGUGAAGAGGCUAUCUAGGAGUUCUGGACAAGGAUUGAAAGAGUUCAAAAAUGAAGUAAUUCUGAUAGCCAAACUUCAACACCGAAAUCUCGUAAAGCUUCUUGGUUGCUGCAUUCAAGGGGAUGAGAAGAUGCUGAUUUAUGAAUACAUGCCCAAUAAAAGCCUAGACAACUUCAUUUUUGAUCAAAUGAAAGGUAAACUGCUUGACUGGUCCAAGCGUUUCAACAUUAUUUGUGGGAUUGCUAGAGGACUUCUCUAUCUUCAUCAGGAUUCCAGAUUGCGAAUUGUACAUAGAGAUCUCAAAGCGAGUAAUGUUUUACUGGAUCAAGAGAUGAACCCCAAAAUUUCAGAUUUCGGCAUGGCUAAAACUUUUGGAGGAGACCAGACUGAAGGAAACACAAACAGAGUAGUUGGAACUUAUGGUUACAUGGCACCAGAAUAUGCAAGUGAUGGAUUAUUCUCUACAAAAUCUGAUGUCUUUAGUUUCGGUAUCUUGCUGCUAGAGAUAAUAAGUGGAAAAAGAAGCAGAGGAUUUUAUCAUCCAAGCCGUGGUUUAAACCUUAUUGGACAUGCAUGGACAUUGUGGAAAGAAGGCGAGCCAUCAGAACUGAUUGAUCCAUUCUUAGAACAGUCGUGCAAUCUGUCAGAAGUGAUACGAUGCAUCCAGAUUAGUCUGUUAUGCGUUCAACAACAUCCUGAGGAAAGGCCAAGCAUGGCAUCCGUUGUUUUGAUGUUGGGUGGUGAGAAAGAAUUGCCUCAGCCCCAGAAACCUGGUUUCUUUAAGGAUAGAGGUCCUACUGAAGCGAAUUCUUCAUCAGACAAGCUCGAAUCAAACUCAACCAAUGAAAUCACCUUCUCAUUGGAGGCUCGAUAAAGGACUUACUAAUUUUAUCCCUCGCUGAUUUGUUCUUUGCUCACCGAAUGCUGUUUCGUAAUCAAACAUUUAGCAGCACUUGUUAAUUCCAUUAUCAUCAUUAUACUAGUUAGGACCCAAUAUUUUACCUAGGCUUUGCAAGCUACUGUAGUGGACCUCACAUGAAAAAAUUAAUUUAGGCUCUAUUUAUUUUGUAGGAAAUAAGUUAUAUAUAGAUAAUAUUUUCCUUUCAUUAUUUGGUUGCAUGGUAUGUGUUUCUGUUUCUAUCAUGCAUAUAUAAUUAUUUAGGCUUUAUUUAUUUUGGAAAAAAUAAUUUGUAUAUAAAAAAUAUUUUUUAAA